GUUAUAAUGUAUCGUUGUCGCUGAGCAGCCUUGCGUUACAUGUACUGUGUGCGCUAAGGUACACUGCACUAAUAGCCGUCUUUCAUAACACAUGGAGAGUGCCCACAGAGGCACAAACAUCGCCUCAACACAUAUACUGACCACAUUCAGACAAUGUCACUCCUUACAGGCGAAAAACUUAAACACAUUGGUGAAAAACGUAAAGAUGGAGAGGGGGAAAUUGGACAAGUCAAGACAAGAAAAUUUGACACCCAAAACUUUGCAUUGGCCCCAUCUGAGCUUAAGACAAGGAUCUGCCCGGAACAAAAUCACAAAUUCACCAUUCAAACAAGAGACUUUUUUCUACCACCACUACAACAGAUAGGAGACAGUAUUAAAGACAUACAAGAGUUCUACUGCCCUGGAGGUAAAAUUAACGUUGUGCCUCAAAAGCUACCCCUCAAACUCAAAGGGAUUACUGAGAAACUUCAACCUUUGCUUCAAAAAGGAAAAUAUUCUGUCAUGUCACAAAACAGUUUGCUGAAACAAACUGCUGGCCCAACAGUUCAUCAAGGAACAGAUGGCUUUGUCUUCAUCGCACAAACAUUGUGCUUUCCCUUAAAUAUUGCGUGCAGUGAAUUACCAUCUGAUAUUCACUGCGAUAUUGUCCUGAUGUUACCUUCUCAACCAGCAUUUGUACUGACUUUAGUGGAUAAGGACACACCAGAAGCAAGGAAAUACAACGUCAGUGUUGCUAGAGGGAUGACAACCUCCCUCAAUAAGUUCAUUGAUGAUGACUUUUCAGCAGUGUUUGGUGUCGUGUGCAUGUCACAUCUAGACUCCCGAGACACAUUCCAGUCCCAUUUAAAGACACUUGUAGAAUCAUGUAGCAAGUUUGUUACGCUUGACUCCCUUUAUAUGUCAGAAAGGAAAUAUUUUAAACUCAUCACUUCCUUUUGGGCUGCGGUUGCAAAGAUAGAGCCUGGAGAUCAGUUUCCCGACACUGACGUGAUUAAUUUCUUGACAAGAGAACAGUGCACAGUGUUGGUAGAAAAUAUGAAUUGCAACUAUGUUUUUGUGUCAACUCUUCCAAAAAGUGGUGGGACUACUCUGAUGUUGGAAGUGACCAGAAGACUUCAGAAUUUUCUACCAACGCAUCUCAUUGUCAAAUCAGAGAACGACAUUUCCAAAUACAGAAAUCUAUGUGAGAGGGUUUCAACGACCUUGCAGCCUGAAUGUCCUGCAAAUAUGACACUGGAAUGGAACAGCAGCAUACGUAGGUGCGAGACAGCAGUUGUCACAGAAACAAUUCUGCCUUUCCACGAGGGCCAAGACCAAACCACGAAAAUCAUAUGGACCUUCUGUUCAGAGUUCAUCAGACCACGAAUUAUGGAUGACAUACUUGCCCUCUUUGAAUCACAUCGGCAUGUACUUCUUGUCGGAUCAGCAGGUGAGGGAAAGACAGUCAUAGGCAUUCUUCUUCUGGAACACUACAGAUCAAAAGGAAUACGAGUAGUACAUGCGACCAGUGCCGUGGAGAUGAAAAGCGCUAUUCAAAACUCUGAAGAAACGUUUGUCCUUUGUGAUGACGUGUUUGGGAGGUUCAGGUGCACAUUUACGUUAACACCCGAUUUGGAAAACAUGUUCAGUCGGCUUCAAACUAAGACUAACAUUAAAACGUUAUUCACUAGUAGAUGUGAUGUUUACGCAGACGCACUCUUGCGUUUAGGGAAGCUUCAGUCACAUUUUGCAGGUUCCAGGGAAGUGAAUCUCACCGAGAAAACUGUGACAAGUGAGAAGACUAAAAUGUUAGACAGAUACUUAGAAGCCACAAACAUGCAUAUUUCUGAUGUGGAAAAACACAGCAUAAUCUGGAAGCGAAAUAUUCAUGGAUUUGCACACUCAUGUCAGAUGUUCGUCACUUUAGGAAAGGAGAACACAAACGCCGAACAGUUCUUUGACAAUCCGUUGUAUUUUGCUGGAGAAAGAAUUCAACAUCUUUUGAAGAAUUCGAUCAUGAAGUGCCUCCUAUAUCUCUUAACAGCAUUCAAAGGCACACUUGAUUUGAAAGAUCCUACCAAUGAUUCAAAUGAAAAACAGCGGAUGGUAAUGGGUCGUGUCAGCUUCAGGGAAACAUCUAUGUCUGAGGUUUUCACCGCUGCCACAGAGGAACCAUACUUGUUUACAACGGAAGGUUGUGUAAAGUUUUCUCAUCCAUCUUUUCUUGAAGUAACGUCAAACAUCAUAGCAGAAUCUGACACUGAGUUCAUCAUAAAGUAUGGACCCCUUGAACUAUUUGAAAAGGCAAGAAAUAUGAGAGAACAAAAAUACAGCAUCAGUAUUUCUGAAGACAGUCAUUUCAUUAAACUAGCAGAACGGUUUUCACAGGAAAUAAAACUUGGUUUAUUUGAAAGCUGCUGCCCACAUCAACUGCUACGAAUUCAAAGCUUUGUUGAUCAAGUUAUGUGUCGACUCCCAACAUCCACAGAUCACUUAGCCAUCGAUAAACUAUUGUACUGGGCAUCUAGCAAUGGUUCAGAUGUGAUGAUGAAAGCGUUGUUCCAGAAGUACCCAAUGACACGGGAAAUGUAUCAUCAUGCAGUUGUGGGCUGCAGCAGAUGGGGCAAUCAUUCUGCACUGGAGUUCAUUGUUACCACUUUGAAACUGACUUCACGGGACAUUGGGGAAAUCACUGAAGAGGGGUUGUCAUGCUUAAUUAUAGCAGCCAAUCAGAAUCACAUUGAAGUGUGUAAAGUUCUGAUCAAACACCAAGUGGAUGUAUCCACCACAGAUCCACGCAUGGGGGCAAAUGCACUUCAUUGGGCUGCUGCAGCUGGUCACCUUGAGGUUGUGAAUCUGCUGUCAAACCACAUAUCAAUUGAACGUGAAAGCAAUGGGGGAGUUACACCUUUGUUUGUGGCUGCAGAAAAUGGGCACAUGAAAGUAUUUAAACUUUUGCUUGAGAAGGGUGCUGCUAUGAAUACACAAAUUAAAAGCAGAAUUGUGUCAUUAACAAAUCCCAGAAACGAAGGCCGUGCAUUGGUUAAGCAGCUUAAUGUAUCAGAUGAAGGUUUUACUCCUCUUCAUGUGGCAACUUAUGAAGGAAAUUAUGACAUUGUAAACCUUCUGAUAACUGAAGGGGCUGACGUCAACUUGAAGGCUGAAUUGGGACCUCCAGUAGCUUUUGCUGCAAAAGCAAAUGAAUUGUGUAUCUUUCGGCUGUUCCUUAAUGAUGUGAGAGUAGAUUCCAGUGACGUUAUCACUGCAGCAUAUGGAUAUGGCCGUACUGAAAUGCUGAAAGAGGUUGUUCUCCAUAAACGGUCAGAAACUAAUGCUAUUAUAAUAGCAACUUUGCAGGGAGAGCUGGAAACUGUGAAGCAAUUGCUUGAGGACAAUGAGAAAAGUUUAACCUCAAAUGUCGAAGGAUAUACACUUCUCCAUCUAGCAGCAACUUUAAACCAUGAAGACAUUGUGGACGAACUUCUUCAAAGAAGGAUCGAAGUGAACAAAUCUUCUGAAGGCGGAUUCACAGCCUUACAUGGGGCAUCUAUUACUGGCGCUUCUUCAGUCGUUGAAAAGCUGAUCAGUAGGGGGGCAGAUGUUGACCAGCUUGCGAAUGGUUUCAGUCCUCUUCACUUUGCGUCAAUGUAUGGACAGACAAAUGUAGCAAGGGUUUUGAUACAACAUCAAGCAGAUAUUCAGAUGAAAGGUUAUCAUCAGUGGAGCCCACUUCAUGUGGCAAGUAUCCACAACCAACCCGACAUUGUACAGCUUUUACUGAAACACAAUGCCGACAAAGAAGCUUUAUCAGAAGACCUCUCAACACCCCUUCUAUUUGCUUCAUAUCUGAACAAUAUGAAGAUAGUAGAUAUAUUGUUAGCUUGUGGAGCUGACUUAAAUCCAAGAGGCAUGUCAUAUCACCCUCUUCUAGGUGUUGCUCUACUGGGGCAUCCUGAGGCUGCGAAUAAUUUAUUUCAGAGAGGUGCAAGUGUAAAUCAUGUAAGUGCAGUUGGAGUAAGCGCCUUACACGGAGCUGCUUACAUGGGAGCAAUGGAUGUCCUAAAAUGUCUUCUUGAGAAUCAUGCAAAUCCAAACCUGAAACUCUUCGAAGGGAUAUCACCAAAGGAGAAAUCUAUCAUAACAAUGCAUGUGGAGAAAUGGUGCAAAAGCACACCUGGGAAGGAUAUCAAUUUGAGAAGAUAUGAUGGUGGUUCUGCGCUCCAUGUGGCUGUCGAUAUGGGUUACACCGACAUGGUGCGACUUUUGUUGAAAUCAGACGCUGAUCGCAAUCUCAGGAACUUGAACAAUGAAACUGCUGUGGAUAUUGCGAGAGAGAAGGAGUUCAGUGACAUUGUGAGACUCUUAGAAUCGUCCUAGACUAACUGUGACUGCCAUCAAAUGAAUAAUGGAUAAAGCAACAUUAAUACUGGCCACUUGAACAUAAAGCUGUCAUGAUGUUUGAUUUUAUGACUUGGUGUUAUGCCAAUUGUACUGUGGAGAAUAUUAUAAAUUCUUAUCCUGUAAAUGUAUAACUAUCUUUCUGUUUCCCAAAACGUUGUAAUUUUAAACUUCUCUUUCAAUUGUGGAACAUCAGGUCAUUUAAAGCAUUUCAAUGUGUAUAAAUGAUGUCACCACUGUAGAUAAUCAUAGGUACUUACGGCUGUGUACGUUGACACUAUUCAUGUCAAAAUACUUUUAAUCUUAUCAUAUGUAGUAGAUUUCUGUAAACGUGGUAUUAUGUUUGUAUGACACAACGUUUAUAUGUAUACGUCGUCGUAGUUUUCCUGCAUAUCAAAGAAUUAUUCAGAAAUGUUGAUAUGUAUGGCAGGUGAGUCACCUCCUCGCCAUCAAGAUUGAGUGAAGUGACAACGAAGUUUGCUUCUUGGGUAGUCAUAUUCGUACUCCUGGCACAAGAAAAUGAAACUAGAAAAGGUCAAAAAACUACCCUGUGUCAAACGCACAGUUUUCAACUUAAGUUACAUAAUGUAUGUUUGGGCACAUAUUUUAUAAAUGCGGGGAUGUGUACCUGCGUCUUCUGUAAAACCCAUAUCGACUCAUGAAAUUUGCACAGUUAAUGACAUCGGGUAUCUUGCCCGUUACAAACAGAUCACUGCCUUUGCACUUGUUGAGGAAUAUUUACACUACAUCCGAAAUAUCAACAACGAACGCGUUUCUAAUACAUUGUGUACAAGGUACUCUUUCUUGAAGUUAUGGGCGAACCACACGUGUAACAUAUAACUAAGAAAUUUAUUAAUGCUCCAUUCUUUCAGAUAAUAUUUUACUGGUGCUUGAGGCAUCCACCUUAGCACUAUCGUAACAUUAAGUAUGUUUGAAAUGUGUUUAAUGACUGUAGAAAACUGUAACAGAUCCUUAGACAAAAGAUCUGACAAACUUUUCAACCGUUUUGGUGUAAACGGAAUAUCAAAUGAGAGUUAGAGUGUUAAACGAAAGGUGUGUUUACUACAAGAUAUUCUAGUUAAUGAAGGUAAGGUUACAUUGUUUACAGGUGCGCGGGAUAACAACAUUAAACAGUAUAAUAGCAACAAGCGCAGAACAUUUUCAAGUUUGAUAAUUCUUUAACAACCUAUGUACAGCGGAUCGUGAGGCGUGAUGAACGAAGCUAUAUUAUCCAAAUUCAGAUGUGCCUCUUUACCCAUAUCAGUAAAGACUGGUCGGUAUGCAAAGCCUCCCCAACCAUGAGAAGAUAGACAACUCAAAGACCUUACAUUUUUGGAAGAUGAAACCUACUUUCUCAUUACCUGUGACUUUUAUUCUGUCAGCGUUGUAAUCUACUAGAAAAGGCAAAGGAAUUUAACCCUGAAUCAUGCAGCAAGAUCGUCAUUGAUAAUAAGGUGGUGUCUGCUUGGAGAUAAGAUGCAUGUGUUCUUAACACAAUGUUGGAGUUUUGAUUUGAUCAGUUAACUGGAUACUACAUAAUUAUUAUGGAUAUUCGUUAGUGAGUGAGUGAGUUGGGUUUAACACCGCUUUUAACAGCGUUCCAGUCAUAUCGCGGCGUGUCAGCUUAAUGUGAGAGGAAAGUCCGAAGUGAUGCAGGUCUCAGACGUUUA